UAGCUAGCUAGCUAUAUAUGCAGACUUGCAGUAGUGACUGAAGAAGUAGAAGAAGUAGAGAAAUGGGUAGGGGGAAAGUGGAGCUGAAGAGAAUAGAGAAUCCGAUCAGCAGGCAGGUGACCUUCUCAAAACGCCGUACCAGCAUCCUAAAGAAAGCCUUUGAGCUUUCCGUGCUUUGCGAUACUGAAGUUGCUCUCAUCGUUUUCUCUCCCUCCAGCAAGCCCGACCUAUAUGCAAGCCAUGACAUAAAUAGAACGAUUGCGAUGUAUAGAAGUCAAGUAGGACUGCAUCAAUCAAGUAACCCUGCAUGCUCUACAAGGAUUACAACCAUGGAGCAGUUAUGGAGGUAUGAAACUGAAGAGUUAAGAAGGUUAACACAGAACUUGGAAAUGAAGCUCAAGAACUUAGCUGGAGCAGAGCUAUCAAUUUUGGGUAUGCAAGAGUUAAAACAGCUAGAGAGACAGUUAAAGACUGGGCUGGAACGCAUCCGCUCUAGAAUGAGAUGGAUCAUUUCAGAGAAUAUCAGCUUGCUGAAAAGAAAGAAUAAAGCACUGCAAGAGGAAAACGCGCGUCUGCAGAAGAGAGAGCUUGAGUAUGGUGUGGCAAGCAGCUCGAUAACAUUUGGAACAAGUGCACCAAAUGUUAUUACAUUUCAAAUAUAGCUAGCUAGCUUAAAUUUGAAAAUCAGGGUUCUUCUCUUCGUCGCAAUCGAUAUUUGCAGCUGUAAUGCUGUCAUGGCCUGUAAACAAGCAUCAAACACUGAUCAUUUCCGUGAUCAAACACCCUGGAGCUUGAGCUAUAUAACUAGUACUUGAUAUGAAGAAACAAAUUAAGAUGUUUAUUUCUGUUGUUUUCUUGUUUUGUUUUAACAAGAGCUCUUUUGUACCUUUCUGUUUUUUCUUUGUUGUGUAUGGAGUAUAUAGCAGGGUGUAUUGUUAUUAUGAAUAAUUAUGAUGCAUGUAAUUACCGCAGUUGCCGAAGUGUAUAAAGUAUAAACUCUAUCAAUAUGUAUCUUUGUUCUAUGU